ACAAACACGGCAAAUACAGGUCUAGUUUUAUAGCUCUUACUGUCAACACAGCGUAGUGGUGUCAAAAAGUGGAAUUGUCGGUUGUAUUCAUUGAUAAACUGGAGCACUAAUGCUUUCCCAGCUGGUAACACGGCUGAGGAUAAAAUGUGCAUUUUACAUAGGUAACGCAUAACGUUUAGCAAAUUGAACAUUCGUAGUUAGUGUUGCUCAACAUUUCAGUAUAAAGCAAAAGUCUAAGAUGGCUGCACCGAUUGAUCUUAGUGGAAACUGGAAGGUUGGGAAAAGUGACAACUUGGAUGCAUUCCUGUCAGCUGUGGGUGUAAAUAUAGCGAAACGGAAAAUAGCUUCUGCCGCUCCGUUAACGCUGGUUAUCUCACAAGAUGGCUCGAAGAUCACCAUAGAAGCAAAGUCGGUGAAAAACAGGAAAAGCACAUUUGAAGUUGGAGCUGGUGAUUUCGAUGAUGAAUCCCCAGAUGGAAGGCCGGUCAAGGCCAAGGCAUUCUGGGAAGGGUCAAGUCUAGUUGUCGAGGCCAAGCCUGCUGAUGGUAAAGGAAAGGGUUUAAAAGUGGUGCGAACAAUAGAUGGCGAUACGAUGCAACAGACGAUGACAUGCGGCGAUGUGACGUGUGUACGGAACUUCAGCAAGUGUUAAUGCGUCUUCGCAGACAUUUAUAAUAUGUUAACACAUCUAAGGACAA